GUGAGGAGUGAGGAAGCGGGGGCGAGUGUGAGUGAGGGUAAAAAGAGGACAGCUACACAGCUUGUCCUUAAACGCACGCUCAAUUUGGAUAUCUGAGGGAUUGAUGAAAAGGACCGGGACGCGUUUGAGGUGUCUCAAUGGAGAGCUGUGGUCGGGACUCUCCUGGGAUCUGGAUUAGGACAUAAAGGAUCCAUUCAUAGUGAAUCUACAGGGGGAAAAAAAGUCGACGCAAACCUGAGAUUGUGCUAGAAGUCUCGUAAUGGAUUUUAGCAAGCUGGCAGCUUUCUGGAUCAUCUGCUUAUACUUGCUCUUGGACUGUCGAGCCGACAAGCUCGUUCAAGUCACCACAGAGCCCCAGCAACUUGACAACGAGCUGUGCCGAAUCGACGAGCCCCUGUGCCAUGACGAAAACGCCAUCCUGAGCUUCGAGUCCAUCCGGAACAUCCACAAGCAGAUGGACGACGACGCUAACGGAAACGUGGACGUCGCCGAGACAGACGGGUUUUUGCGAGAGGACCUGAACUAUCAUGACCCCAAAGCCAAACACAACACCUUCCAUGGGGAUGACCAGUUCAUCAGUGUGGAGGACCUGUGGAACGCAUGGAAGGGCUCGAAAGUGUAUAACUGGACAGUGGACGAGGUGGUAGAGUGGCUGGAAGCGUACGUGGAGCUGCCGCAGUACGCGGAAGCCUUCCGCAAAAUGAACUUUAACGGGACGUCCAUGCCUCGUCUGGCGGUGAAGAACUCAACUCUGGCGGUUACUGUGCUGAAGAUCCUGGACCGCAGUCACGCACAGAAACUUCAGCUUAAGGCUCUGGACACUGUUCUGUUUGGAGCACCAAUGAUGAACAGCCAUAACCAUUUGAAGGACUUCAUGCUGGUGGUGUCAAUAGUCAUCGGUAUGGGUGGCUGCUGGUUCGCGUACAUCCAGAACCGCUACUCCAAAGACCACAUGAAGAAGAUGAUGAAAGACCUGGAAGGAUUACAGAGGGCCGAGCAGAGCCUCCACGACCUCCAGCAAAAGCUGCGGAUCGCCCAGGAGGAGCACCGCACGGUGGAGGUGGAGAAGGUAAACCUGGAGCAGAAACUCAGGGACGAGAUUAACACGGCCAAGCAGGAGGCUCAGAGGCUGCGCGAGCUGCGGGAGGGAACCGAGAACGAGCUCAGCCGGCAGAAAUACGCAGAGGAAGAGCUGGAACAGGUACGCAUGGCCCUGAAGAAGGCAGAGAAAGAGCUGGAGUCGCGCAGCAGCUGGUCUCCGCCUGAAGCUCUGCAGAAAUGGCUGCAGCUCACGCACGAGGUGGAAGUGCAGUACUACAACAUCAAGAAGCAGAACGCUGAGAAACAGCUGCUAAUUGCCAAAGAGGGGGCAGAGAAAAUAAAAAAGAAGAGGAACACGCUGUUCGGGACGUUUCACGUGGCACACAGCUCCUCGCUAGAUGAUGUGGAUCACAAAAUCCUGGCAGCGAAGCAGGCUCUGGCCGAGGUGACGGCUGCCCUGAGAGAGCGGCUGCACCGGUGGCAGCAGAUCGAGAUGCUGACAGGUUUCACGGUAGUGAAUAAUCCGGGUCUGCCCUCGCUGGCCUCCGCCCUCAACCUCGACCCCAGCUUCAUGGGCGGCCGCGCCACGCCGCAGGCCUUCGUCAUGUCCGAAGACAUGGAUGACAUGGACGAGGACAUUGUCCCACCCGGACCUCUGCAAUCUCCCAGUAUGAUAUCUCUUCGCCAGAGGCACAUUGACCCGCAGCUGGCCAUGGGCUCUCAGAGGUUGGUAGAGAGCAGCCAUGCGGCUGGAGGCCACCAAGGGGAGGGCAGCUCAUACCCGCCGUCCUGGCCCAGGCCCAGCCUGCGCCAAUCUCAUGGCCAGGUUGAUACACUGGGCCUCGCUGUCUCGCACCCCUCCAUAUUCUGUGCCUCCUCUUCUCUUUAUUCCUCCUCCCCCCACUCUUUCUCAUCAUCCGCUCCUCAUUCCGCCUUCUAUCACUCGACUUUCCAGCCGUUGGACCCCAUCCCAGACUCGCCUCCUCGGCGCAGUAGAAGCUUUGGGGACUUGAAUCGCUCCGAUUCGGAUUCCUCCCUGUCCGUAUCUCAGACCAGCGAACAGCUACGGCUGUCUUUGAGCUCCAAGACUCCUCCCAUGAAACCCACGUCUCUCAUUCACGGUUCCUACUCGCGUUCCGAGGAGUCGGCCCCCUUCCACACCCCGAAUGGAGGAAACCGAGUCACGGGCGGCUCUCCCGACGGAUGCCCGGACAGCCCGAUCCUAAUGAAAAAGAUCUACGGCAUCGGGAAGUCGUCCAGCAUGAGCGAGAUCCACGGGUCCAUGUCGGAAUCGUCACGUUCUUUAAGCCCGAACUCCACCGAGCCGGACACGCCAUCUCCUACCAUGCUUCCGGGGAUGGCUGUGCCAAAAAGCGGGAGUCGCGUCCCUCAGGUCUCGUCAAGGAAAAGCCCGCUGGAGGAAGACAGCGCCUCGACAGGGGAAGACACCGACUCCACGAGCCGCAAGAAACACACCACGUUCAAGAUCUUCAAGAAGCAGAAGAAGUAACAAGGGUUCAGUUUAGAGACUGCUCGAAACGAUGCAUCUGUACUCCAUUAUUACAAUGGAAGUCCCAGUUAUUUGUGUAGUGGCACACGGGAAUGCCUUGGCAGGAUUUUUUUUUUUCUUUUUUUUUUUUUAGGUACUGCUCAUAGGGGACUUAGGGGACUUUUUAUUCCUCUUCUUCUCAGUCAGUUUUGUUUUGUCUUUAAAGGAUCUAACUCCAGGAUGUCAGUGGGACGUGGGAACGUAAAGUUAUUUAUUCUACCGCAGGCAGUGCAUCGUUGUUUCUCCCCAGACUCUCGCUGUUUUCCUUGUACACUUCUUGAUCGGCUUGCAUGUCUUGGCUGAAAUUUUUUGAAUGCUCCUAAAUGUUUGCUUGGUUCUCGUUUUCCUGCAGCUUGAACACACAUUAUCAGGUGUUCUGUUUCAGACAGAAGACUUUGUGUUCUGUCAUUUUAUGUUUUUGUUUUUUUUUUGUCCUGGGAAAUGUUAACUAAUGGACAAUUUAAAGGCAGCGUAUGUGAUCAGUGUUAAAGGCAAAAGGGAGCAAAAAUAAAUAAAUGAAAAAAGAAUGAAAAAAGAAUAAAAUAAUAAUAAAAGGGCUUAAUCAUCA